GCGUUUUCAUUUAUGAACUUUACUAAGGAAGAAUUGUCGCUCUCAAUUCGGUCGCCAUAAGUUCGCCACACUCACAUCUGCUGACGGAAUGAUGGCCGCCAUCUCCACACUCGAUUCGAUAGUUCAUCGACCUGGGUGGCGAACCAGAGAGGGGCAUUUAUCGUGAAAACUCGUCGAUAAACGAAGUUUUGACAAUAUAAGAGGGCGGGUUUGAUGGUUUAUACUCAGUUCUAAAAUGCCUUUGAAAGAAAUCAUCCUAAUCCUUGUCAUUGCGGUUGUCUGCACCGCCGAAGAGAAUCUUCAGUCAAAAGAAGUUGUCGUCCAAACCUAUCGUCAAAAGCGACUCAAUAAUUUUCUCUUCGAUAUGCUGCUUCAAACUCCUACAAUGUGCACAGGGUGUCCUCCUCGUUACUGUGACACCGAUCCGGGAAUAAUUCUCGGAUACUGCUGCGGAUGUCGGAGAGCUUUCGACAUCCUGCCGGUCUUCUGUCCUCCGAAUAUCUUCUGUCCCGCCUACCUGAAUAAUGUGUGCCAUGAUUAUGAGUACAUGCUGCAUUGUUGCUGUUGAAAAAUUUCGAAUCGGAUCCGCGAAACUCAUGACUAGAAUUCUUCGCCAAUCGGAUGUAUGUAUAUCAUGAAUCAUGUAUUGUACGCAUAUUUAACGCAAACUCAUCCCAAAACAUGCGGAUGAUGAAUGUUUUCUUGUUCUCCUCGGUCCUAAUCCAGACCUUGUUCAUACCGCAUUACUUGUAUACGUAUAUCGUCGUAGCGGAUUACCAUAUAUUUUCGUAAUUUCCAAGGUAUCAAGCGCAUUGCAGAUGAAAUUGUAAUACCUCCAAGCGACAGUCGUAUUUUUUUAAGGCUUCGUCGAAGACGACUUACAACAUGUCUUUAUUAUCAUACUGACUGUAAUACGCAAACUUAAAGAUAUCGUCAGAACAGAUACGUGAAAAAAUGCUAUAAAUACUGAUUGUCAGUGAAAAUUAAUAUACAGUCACUUGCCCACCAUUUCUGCUAUACCUUCGCUCGACUCAAGUACUCCAGAAGUUGAAUAAUCUCCUGUUUCUC